AUGUCGUCCGCCAACGGCUCCUCGUCCCUCCUCUCCUCCUCCCUCUCCUCCUACUCCUUCUCCUCGGCCGCCUCCUCCUCCACCGCCACGGCCGCCUCCCGGCAUUCCUCUCAGGUAUCCAAGACAUACCGCCAAGCAUCGACGCUCUUCCUGACGCGUCGCCUGCCCGAGGCGCUAACGACCCUGGCCCCCCUCAUCGCUCCGCCCGAUUCUGCCGACAAUGGAGAGCCCGCGCCCGUCGCAAGGGCCUCGCGAACCACGCGCAUCAAGGUCUGGAGUCUCUACCUGACUAUCCUCAAUGCCAUUCUCGACAUGGAGCCCGACGAGGGCAAGGAGACCUUUGGCAACCAGGAAUGGAGGGCUCUGUGCGCCAAGGUUCGAGACGGCCAUGUCUGGGAGGAGGUUGUGCGUCACGGCUAUCACGGCGUCGAGGCAGACGUCGACUCUGACGUGGUCAUCAACCUGGCGACGCUGCUGCUGGCGCAUGCGCGCGACCAGACGCUGAACCAGCGCAGGCUGGAGACGUACCUGGCCUCGUCCAACGCCCCCAACCUCGACCUGGCCGACAAGCUCGCAGGGUCGCCGGCGCCGGCCUCUCGCAUGGGCCAUCGCUACCGGUCCCCAGCUCCCGGUACCAGCGGCGCCGAUACCCCCCGCGACCUCAACGCCAGAGUCAAGAUACUCGAGCUGUACACGCUGCACGUCCUGCUCCGCAACAACGAGUGGGACUAUGCCCGUGAGUUCAUCAGCGUUAGCUCCGUCCUCGACGACGAGCGUAGGGAAGCCUUCCUUCAGGCCCUUCAGAGCCUGCAGGAGGAGCAGCAGGAACAGGAACGCCUCGAGCGAGAAGAGCGACAGCGGCAAGAGGAGCAGCUGCGGAGAGACAUUGAAGAUGCCAGGCGGCAGCGCGCCGACGAGGUCGACUACGGCAUCGAUCAGGCGCCCGGCUCGGCAGCCAACGGGAGCGCCACGGGGAGACACCACCAGCGGCCGCCACGGACACCCGUCUCGCGGCCAAACAACAAGGCCGUUGUGGCCACGACAUUUACUGCGCGGGCGGGCAUGAUCGUGUCGCGCCUGCGCGCAGCCUUGGACGGGCUCGCUACCUCGCUCAACGGCAAUCCAGCCCUGCUGACGAGGCUAAUCUUCUUCAUCGUCAGCUUGCUCUUCAUGCUGGGCCACAGAGGCAUCCGGCAACGCAUGCAGCGCAUACUGGGGGUGUCGUGGGGCAAGCUCAAGGCCACGGCGGGCAUGGGCACCAAGGUCAGCUACAUCUGA